UAGUUAGUUGUUUGUUACGAAAGAAGAGAAAGAAAAGAUGGCAGACCUGACAAUGGAGAGCUGGAUAAUUUUUGAUGGUGAUAUUUCCCUUGAAGACUUUCUGGAAAGAAACCGACCUUCGGCUAUCACGUUCGUCAAUAUGGGCGUUUUCGCAGGUGAUCCUAAACAACGGCCAAUUGUAUUUGAAUACCCGUUUUCGAUUCCCGAAACUCAGAAACGGAUGCUUCUUGAAAAGUGGGAAAAAGAGAGACGAAAACAUGGGAGGAUUACGGAAGAGUAUGUUCGACAUUUAGCAGAGGAAUAUUCCUACAAGUCGGGGAAGUGGUUAAUCUAUUGCCCAAGCUCUCAGAUUGAUGAAAUUUGGACAACUGUAGCCAAAGCAGUGGUUGGUGGCACCCUUGGAAGUGCUGCCAAUGUGUUUGCAAGUGACAACGAAACAUAUGUAAUUUGUAUCUACACAGAAGAUUUCACAAACAAAGAGGAAGUAUGGGCUGCAGAGAAGAGUCUCAGGAAAUUAGGAGUAAAGUUUACAUUACGCUAUAAACCAAAUAUCUAUACAACACUGGGAAUUUAUGCUGGUAAUGAAUGGCACUUGAUUCCGACAAUAUAUCGUUCACGAAUCUGAGCUAAAACCUCAAUUGUUGAUCAGAUGUAACAGUAACUACCGACAAUUCAAUGUCAUUGGAGGAAUAUUGCUGAUCAGAUCUUAGUAAAACUACUUUAUUAAAGUGAUAAUAAUAAUAAAAAUAAUAAUAGUAAUAAUAAUAAUAAGUAAUAGUACUUGGACUGAAUAAUCGUGC